CGCACUCUUGGCCUCCACUACUGCUAAUUAAAACCAAACUCGAUCUCAGCCACCAAACGGGGGGGAAGGUUCAAUAAGAACUAUCUUUGGCCUCCUCAGCCUUUCUGGGUUGUACAUAGUUAACUAGUGAGGCACCGUCUGCCUAGGAUCUGAAACCGCUGCGCAAAAUCUGGCAGAAUAAUCUAUUUUUGCACCCAGAUCCCCUGGACCCCUCUCUGGCUGACAGUCUGACGAUGCUGAGAGUUUUGCACACGCGUGCCACCUGACAGGACAGACUAAUAACAAUAAUAGCUGAACCGGUGCAACGGUUGCAAUGGUCAGGGUUCUGCGGCCCUAAGAAAUUAUUGCCCGUAACCGCCUAACCGUUACUAUCUAACGGCGACUUGGAGACGCUUGGUAUAGAUCUUAUAGUUACGAAGACGGACGCCAGAGUGGAUCAGAGGUUAUGGAGCUCCAGGCGGAAUAUUUCCAUCACCCCUAUUCGCCGUAUGACAUCCAGCUGAACUUUAUGAGAUCAUUAUACACAUGCAUCGAAGAGGGAAAAGUCGGGAUCUUCGAGUCUCCUACUGGCACUGGCAAAUCUCUGAGUUUGAUAUGUGGCUCCUUGACGUGGCUCCGAGAUUACAAGCGCAAGCAAUUUUUGGAGACUCUAGAGAGCUCAUUAGGUGAUGAUGAACCGGAAUGGAUGCUGGAAUUCGCCAAGAAAGAGAAGACCCGCGAGCUCGCAGAGAAAAGAAAGAACUUGGAAGCGCGUCUCGCAAAGGCCAGAGAGGAAGAAGAACGAAUAAAGAGGGAUUUCGAGCGACCAGGCAGGCCCAGAAAGAAACAAGUACGAGAUCACAGGCUUCCCAACAAACACCAGACUGGGCGACUGACGGCACAGAAACUCGAUUCUUCCGCGACCCAAGCAGACGAUGAUGGGGACCAGUUUGAACUCGACGACUAUGACAGCGACAUCGAAGAAAAUAAGAAGGCCUUCGGUGGUAAAUCCGACGAUGCCCUUGGUCUCUCAGCCAGUACGCUUGCAUUACUAGAACGAUUCAAAAGUCCAGGCUUGGCACAGGAUAAACUUGGUGAAGGUGACGAUGAGGACAUCAAGAUAUUUUACUGCUCGAGAACCCAUUCUCAGCUCAGUCAGUUUGCCAACGAGUUGCGGCGGGUGACAUUCCCGCCAAGUCUUCCGCUUGAGGAAUCUCCCAUUGGGGGUUCAGCAGAUCGCACUGGCGGAAGCAAAGACUUGGUCGAAGCUGUGAAGCAUUUGUCUCUCGGGUCGAGGAAGAAUUUAUGUAUUAAUCCCAAGGUUUCCGCUCUGGGUAACGCGACGGCCAUAAAUGAACGCUGUCUGGAGCUUCAACAGACUGGCGUGAGUGCGGAGCACAAGUGUCCAUAUCUGCCUUCGAAGGAGAAUGAAGCGCUAGUUCUGGAAUUCCGCGAUCAUGCCCUUGCGACAGUCAAGGACAUCGAAGAUAUAGGGAAGGUGGGGAAGAAAGUCGGUAUAUGCCCGUACUAUGCAUCGCGUUCUGUCAUUAAACAAAGCGAGAUUGUUACGCUCCCAUAUCCACUGCUUCUGCAGCGCUCGGCUCGAGACGCUCUUGGGCUUUCUGUGAAAAAUCAUGUUGUUAUCAUCGAUGAGGCCCAUAAUCUUAUGGACGCGAUUUCUGAAAUCAAUUCGGCCAGUGUUACGCUCAAGCAGUUACAUACCGCUCUCUCACAACUCACUACCUAUGCCCGGAAGUACAAACUGCGGUUGAAGGGCAAAAAUCGCGUCUACAUUACCCAGCUCAUCCGAUUAAUUGAUUCGAUACAUAACCAACUCCAGUCGAUAGCAAAGACAAGGCAGGAAACAGAAAGCUCUCUGUUGCCUUCGGAUCUCAUGGCUGGCAAGGGAGUUGACCAGAUCAACCCGCAUAAGUUGUCGCGCUAUCUCCAGGAAAGUAAACUGGCAAGAAAAGUCGACGGAUUAACAGAACAUCUCCAGAAGACGGAAACACGCCGUUCCGAUGAGAGGGCGGCCACCCCGGUCCUGUUCCAAGUCCAGAGUUUCCUCUUAUCGUUGAUGAAUCCCUCCGCCGAAGGCCAGCUCUUUUUCGUCAAAACACCGGAUGAUAUACAGCUUAGGUAUAUGCUUCUCGACCCUACAAACCAUUUCCGUGAGAUAGUGGAAGAUGCCAGGGCAGUGAUCCUGGCCGGAGGGACAAUGUCUCCUAUGACGGAUUACGCAGACUACCUAUUUUCUUACGUGACGGGAGAGCGCCUUGACACAUUCAGUUAUGGUCAUGUCAUCCCAGCAGAUAAUCUAGCAGCUCGGACCCUCUCCAGGGGCGUCCUGGGCACAGAGUUUGACUUUACAUACAAAGCCCGAGACUCUGAUAAGAUGAUAAAUGAUCUCGGAAGAACUAUAGCUGAACUUUGUCAAGUGAUACCAGACGGUCUCGUCGCAUUCUUCCCCAGCUACGAUUAUUUGAAUCAAGUUGUUGCAAAGUGGAAGAAAACACCUGCGGGAGAAAAGGGGAAGACCGUCCUUGAUCUGAUCCAGGGCAAGAAGCCUCUCUUCUACGAGUCGCAAGACAGGUCCAACUCAACAGAGCAACUGCUGCAGGAGUAUUCCAAUGCAGUAGCAACCGGUUCCGGUGCGCUGCUUUUGUCCGUUAUUGGAGGUAAACUGUCCGAAGGCAUAAACUUUUCCGAUAAACUGGGAAGAGGAGUCCUCGUCGUCGGUCUACCGUUCCCCAAUCUCCACAGUGCUGUCUGGAAGGCCAAACUCGGCCACGUGGAGCAGAAGGUUUACCAACACACUACCGGCUCUGAGGAGAACAGGAGGGCAAAAGCCAAAGCUGCUGGGCGAGAUUUCUACGAGAAUGCGUGUAUGAGGGCGGUGAAUCAAUCCAUCGGAAGAGCCAUAAGGCACCGGAAUGAUUACGCAUCUAUCAUCAUGAUUGAUAGGAGAUACGAGAGCGCUCGGAUACAGGCCAAAUUACCUGCGUGGAUCAAGCAGGGUCUGGCCACUGGUGAUGCUGCCAAUUCAGCCGGACGAACAGUGCAAGCGCUCACGGAAUUCUUUCGCAAACCGAGGAACUAGUCAAUGAGCUGUACAUAUCUUUUUGUUAUUGACGAGACUCGGGUUCUUGAGACGUUAUGUAUAGAGACAUAACCUGUUUAAUAGCGUGUCGAAAUGUUCAUCAAGAGCUGGAUCUAAAUCAUCAGCUGAGUUUAAUAUCAACCACUCAAACUCAUAAUGGAUCUAAAGAUCUAUCGCUAUGCACGUCAUCUAGAUUUUCGAUUCGCGAACAAACCCCGUCUUCGAAACGCUACCGCUAGCCGACAGAGUCUCCGCAACGAAUCUAGUAGCCUCCUGGACCAUUCCCGGCGUGACCUCAUGACCUGCCGUCUCGAAAAUGAUAUCCUCGAAAUGGACACCACCGUCAGCGAACCAGCCUUGUG